AACGAAUCUUAGCCUACUCUUGUUCUUUCACCAAUCGGCAUUUUUCUUGAUUUUUGGUGAGAGACUUCAUUAAAGAGAAAAAGGAGAUUCCCUCGCCGGAAUAAUCACCGGAGAUAAAGAAAAAGAAUGGCGUCUCUAAAAUUUCCAUUGGAGAUUCUCGCCGUCUUCGUCAUUAUCUCCGUGAUUCUCUUGCCGAUUGCUCAUGCGCAAUCACCUUCGCCUGCUCCUGCACCCACCAGCGAUGGAACAUCGAUAGAUCAGGGGGUAGCAUAUGUUCUAAUGAUGGUGGCUUUGGCGUUGACUUAUUUCAUCCAUUAAACUUGAUGGAUCAUCCAAUUUGUUCUUUCUUCACAGUUAUUUUGUGUUCUUAAUUCUUUUGACGUUCUUUUGUUUAUUUUGUUCUUGUGACGUGAGAUUUGUAGAAAAUCAAAUGAUAGCUAGGUUUUGAACAUCAUGCUGUUGUUCUGUUUUUGUUUGUUGGAUGAUUCGUGUAAUUUAUUUCUUCUUGUUUAAUAAAAAAUGUAAUUAUAAUAUUUUCUGUCA